AUGGAUUUGAUAACGGUGUUAUUAGGGUUCUUGAUGUCUUGUAUUCCCAUCACUAUCACCUGCCUUUGUUUCCUGUCAUGGGUUACUCCUUGGCCUAUUCGGACACGAAAAGACCUGUUACAGCCAAUGUUUGUCUACACUCCGACGAACCCUGAAAGCGAACAAUUUCGAUCAUUGCUGACUUGUGAUAAUGAUUCGUCCGGAGAGCUUCACUGCACCAAGCCAGAUUUGUAUCUUUCCAUUAUUAUUCCUGCCAUGAAUGAGCAAAAAAGGCUUCCGAUUAUGCUGAAUGAAUGUCUACCCUAUUUGGAAAAUCGACAAUCUAAAGAUGAUUCAUUUACAUAUGAGAUUGUUGUGGUAGACGAUGGUAGCACAGAUGGAACUGCUGAUACAGCAUACCAAUACGCAGAGAAGUACGAGAGAAAGAUCAGAGUCUUAAAGCUAGGAAAAAACCUGGGAAAAGGUGGAGCAGUACGUAGAGGCGUGUUAUGCGCACGUGGUUCAUUAAUUCUAUUCGCAGAUGCAGAUGGUGCUACGAAAUUUGCCGAUUUUCAGCAUGUGGAGAAAGAAUUACUUGGUUUAACAACUCUAAAUGGCUGUAAUUCAGAAACAAGAGCCAAUUUUGAAUGGAUUACUCCUGCUAUAGUUAUUGGUUCAAGAUCACACAUGGAAAAAAAGAGUAUAGCAACACGUUCUCUAGCACGAACCUUUCUGAUGAUAGGUUUUCAUUUGAUUGUAUAUAUUUUCACUGUAAGAACAGUACGUGAUACUCAGUGUGGAUUCAAAUUAUUUACACGUGGAGCAGCUUCAAAAUUAUUCCCAUUGCUGCAUAUCGAACAAUGGGCAUUUGAUGUUGAGUUGUUGUUUCUCGCCGAACACUUCAACAUUCCAAUCCGCGAAGUACCAGUAACAUGGCAUGAAGUUGAUGGUUCCAAAAUAGUACCCAUAAUAUCAUGGAUUCAAAUGGGUCGUGAUUUGAUACUUAUUUGGUUUCGCUAUAGAACUGGUGUUUGGAAGUGUAAUUUACUUUAG